AUGGUAUGUUCUAGAGGAUAUAAUGAGCAUGAACGGGACUUUAUAGUGAAUGGAGUGAAAUCAAAGGAUGGGAAAGUGAUUUGCCCAGGGUUGAUAACCAAAUAUUUUGUGGAAAGUAUAAUUGGAGGUUGGUUUAUUAGCAAUAAGAAGAUACAAAGAAUUGUUCGAAAAGUGGCAAAUGUGAUGGGCUAUUUUAAAUCAUCCAAUUAUGUUGAAAGUAUAGUGAGAUAUGUAACAGAGAAGGGCCAACUGGAAUAUCUGCUGAAUAAUACCAGUUCAUUGGGAUUAGCGAAGGUGAUUAAUGUGAUUAAGAAUCGAAAUGAAUUAGAAAUAGCAAAAGCAAGAUUAAUAAAACAUCUUCGGAAUGAAAAUGACGGAUUAGGACGUGUAUUGAAUGAGAUUAAAGAUGAAGGUAUAUUGAGAGAAUUGGUGAAAAAAUGUAAAGAAAAAGCGACUCUUUAUAUUAUAAGUAUUUUGAUUGAGACUAAAGAUUAUGAUGACUUAUUGAGAACAAUGGCGCUGGUAGGAUAA